AAAGUAACAGAUACAUGUCUUUUGAGGAAAGAGUAUAUAAAUGGCAAAAUUGGAGCUAAUAAAUUUGAUUUUUCUAUGGUGAAUCUUCUAUUUUUUUUUAAUGAAAAGACUAAGUAGGUACAAGUUUAGCACUUAAGUAGGUUUUUAUUCUAAUUUACACAAUGAUUAAGAUUUCUUCAUUGUUUCAGGCAACGGCCCAAUCAUUACACCCCAAGAAGGAGUAACCAGCGGCGCGGUCGCGAACCAGUGUCGUUCGUGCCCGGGUGGACUUUGUCGAGGUGGUGCAAAUUGCCACUUCCAGAGUUCAAACUUGUUCUCGCAAAUCAAUAUGGCCGCAGCGUGGCCAAACUACCAUCCAUUGAGACCCAUGCUACCAUUUGGCGUGUCCAAUUUACCAGUGUCAGCAUAUCCUCCAGCCGUCAAUGCCAGAAAGCAGCGGAGAGAACGCACCACCUACAACAAAGAGCAGCUCAACGCCUUGGAAUCGCUUUUCGAAAGAACCCGCUAUCCCGACAUUUUUGCCAGAGAGGAGGUGGCUCUAAAGAUUGGAGUACCAGAGUCAAGAGUGCAGGUUUGGUUUAAAAACCGUCGAGCCAAAGCACGUACCCAACAAAUCCAGCACGAUGCAAGGAACAAGAGCAAAGUUAAACGAAGACCUUCUACUGCGUCCAGUCAAAGUCCUGUAGACGCUCCUUCAGUUGUGCCAUCGUUAGUGAAAAAAGUAUCUCCGCCUACUCUACUGACACCUUCGAGCAGUGGAGGUUCGCCUCCGGAAUCUCACACGAACCCCUUGGAAGAAAUGACUCAAAAAUACGGUGGAAGUGUUGAACCUGCUACUGUAACUGCCAAUACCGCUUUCGCGUCAACGCCACCUUUUACGCAAAAUUCACAAAGUCCUAGAACUCAGGUGUCGCAAAUAUCUCCCCAAUCUUACGACUCAUCGAAUUUGUCAACGUUUAAAUUGGAAGGUGGUAGUUCUAAUGUAACACCUUCUCCUCCUACUACUCCAGGCAAUGUUUACGGUUCAAACUUUGCUCCAGCGUCGUCGUUUCAACAAGAAAUGGCUUAUAAUAAUUGGUACAUGGGUGGUUCUUCUAGUUCAUACCCUUACCAAUCUGGGGGGCAAAUGCAUAAUGGUACUACAUAUCAUAAUCAAGCAGCUACGGACUAUCAUGCCACCUAUCCUGGGUAUUAUAACGGGGGUCAUAAUAUGAGCAAUAUGUAUCAUCAUCCUGGAAGCUAUAAUGGAUAUGGUAGCGGAUUCGAUGCCGGUCAAGGAAUGAAUCAUAUGUCACAAUAAUAGUGACAGAGAUUUUUUUCUAGAAAAAAGCCAUAAUAAUCAGGGACAAAUAAGGAAUAUCGGAUAUUAUCGAAUCAAAAAAGUCCCUUCCUGAUAGGUAAUAAAGGUGUGAAUGAUUCUCUACAUAUUUAGGUGUAUAAAAUUUUUCUUCAAAUAAAAUGUGAUAAAAGAGGCAAUUGAAGACCUCAAACUUUUUUAAAAAGAAUAAUUAAUUUUUAUUUAUAACUAAUAAUUAUCAUUUGUAAAUAUAAUAUAGCUAAGAUUUAAAUUCUC